AUGACGCUCCCCAAAGAAAUCACCAACACCCCUCCCGCCGUCCCCCACACCGACAUCUCCUUCCCCGCGCCCCAUGUCUUGCUGGUGACGCUCAACCGCCCCAAAGCCCUAAACUCGAUCCCCAUCCCCCAGCACAUCGCCAUGGCCCACCUUUGGAACUGGUACGACGCCCAACCCUGGCUGCGCUGCGCCAUCUUGACCGGUACAGGCAGGGCGUUUUGCGCCGGUGCCGAUCUCAAAGAAUGGGAUUCGUCUCAUGCACCGGAGGGGAGCGGUCACGAUCAGCAUGUGGAGGCACGGAAGAUGACUACGGCUGGUUUUGGGGGGUUGUCGAACAGGUCUGGGGGGAAGAAACCUAUUAUUGCGGCGGUGAAUGGGCUUUGUUUUGGAGGGGGGAUGGAGAUGGUGAUUAAUUGUGAUAUGGUUGUUGCUGAUGGGGCGAAGGCGAGGUUUGGGCUGCCGGAGGUGGGCAAGGGAGUUAUUGCGCUUGCUGGGGCGUUGCCUAGGUUGAUGAGGACUGUGGGGAGACAGAGGGCGGGGGAGAUGGCGCUUUUGGGGAGGGUGAGUUAUACGGCCGAGGAGAUGAAGGGGUGGGGGUUGGUGAAUUUUGUUGUUGGGGAGGGGAGGGUUGUUGAGGAGGCGGUUAAGGUUGCGGAGGAGCUUGCGGGGAAUAGUCCUGAUGCUGUUAUUGCUACGAGGGAGGGGUUGAGGAUGGGGUGGGAGGGGGUCGGGCCGGAGAUGGCGACGGAGAUUGUGGAACGGGGGAUUUAUGGGAGGAUUGAUGCUGGGGAGAAUAUGAAGGAGGGGGUGAGGAGUUUUGUUGAGAAGAGGAAGCCGAGGUGGGUGGAUAGCAAGUUGUAG